AUGACCUGCGAAAAUCAUCCUGAAAUGCUUUCGAAUUGGUCGAAAUGUGUCAUUCCACAAGGUGACUUGGCAGAUGGUAUCAGCAAUUUUCUUCGUGACGUUAAAGAUCACGGUUGUAAGUUACCACCAAGAAAAGUGUUGAAAUUCGCAUUGGGUUUCUUACGAAAUCACACGGGUAGCUACAUAAAUCAUCCACUUUAUAAGCGAGUGCCGUCAAGUAACUGUGGAAAAUGUGCACGUCGCGUUCGCUGCUGUCGUCGAUCAAAGUCAUUUUUGGCGCAGUCUUACGAAUCGGAAGAAUGCGCUAAUCAGCUACGUCCGUGUAUGCUCGAGCCGCUCACUGAAAACGACAUUGCUGAGCUAAAUAGAAUGUAUCCUGGAGCCACAGCGCCAAGCGACGGUUGUGACGUAUCGUCGUAUAUUAGAGCCGAACUGCAGAUACUCAGUAAUGGUCCUGCGUUUCAAUACGUUGAACCGUUACUUUGUCAAGUGGUUGGCACCAAAUUUCCCUCUGUAAAUUGCGUUCGUGAAGGCGCCAAAUGUGCUUGUUGUUGUACAUUAUUUCAGCCAGGUGCAAACAGCAGUUGCGUUCCACUCGAAAAUCAAGAUGUGAUGUUUAGUUGCAAACGAGACAACUAA